ACACACCGGCAUUAAUAACUGAAUCCAGACGAACUACGAACGUUGUACACCUGUGGGCAAAGUGCGUUUUAACAAGUUAAUCAAUAGAGUAAGUUAGUUCUUACUCUCAGCAACAUCGAGCGCAUAAUUCUGAUAACGAAUUAUUCCUGUUAACGGGCACAUACCAGACUUGUGACGUCUACACUGACCUUGAACGCAGAAUGGAAACUGAACGCUUGGACGUGAUAAUAUUUGGAGCCACAGGCUUCACUGGCAAAUACACGGUCUACGAGGCGGUGUCCGUGCUCAAGGAUCUGCGAUGGGGCAUAGCCGGACGCAAUCGCGAGAAACUGCAGGCGGUGCUCAAGGAGAUGGGCGCUAAGGCCAAAAAGGACUUGUCGCAGACGCCCAUUAUUAUUGCCGAUGUCAACGAUGAGGACUCGUUGCUAAACAUGGCCAAAGCCUGUCGCAUCGUCGUCAAUACCACAGGCCCAUAUCGAUUCUACGGCGAAAAUGUGGUCCGUGCUUGCAUCAACGCCGGCACCCAUCACGUGGACGUCAGUGGUGAGCCCCAGUACAUGGAAACGAUGCAACUGAAAUACAAUGAGCUGGCCAAAGAGCGCGGCGUGUAUGUGAUCAGUGCUUGCGGCUUCGAUUCCAUACCUGCCGAUAUGGGCAUCGUUUUUGUGGAGAAGAAUUUCGAUGGUGUCGUCAAUUCUGUGGAGACCUUUUUGGUAAAUGGUGUAAAAGACGCGGAUGCUUCCUAUGGCAAAGCUGGUCUCAAUACAGGCACCUGGGAGAGCGCUGUUUAUGGGCUGGCGCACUCGGACGAGCUGCGUGGCAUUCGACAGAAAUUGUACCCGGAGCGUCUGCCAAAGUUCUUUCCCAUACUGAAGCAUCGCCCGUUGAUGUUCCGUUCCUCGGAGGUAAACAAAGUUUGCCUGCCUUUUCCGGGCUCCGAUCGUUCGGUGGUCAUGCGGUCCCAGCGCUUUCUGUACGAACACGACAAGAAACGACCGGUACAAAUGCAUGCCUACAUUGGUUUCCCCUCAUGGAUUUCAGCCAUUGUCGUUGCUCUCUUCGCGACCUUCUUUGGCCUAAUGGCCAAAUUUCAGUUCGGGCGCAGUUUGUUACUCAAGUAUCCUGGCUUCUUUUCUGCCGGCUUCGUAUCGCGCGAUGGACCCAGUGAAGCACGCAUGGAACGUACCUACUUUAAAAUGACCAUGAAGGCGACUGGUUGGCCCAGUUCGCAGCGUCUAGCCGAGGGCACGGAUCAGUACAAGGAUCCCCCAACCAAAACCCUCAUGGUUAGGGUUUCGGGUCCGAAUCCUGGCUACGGUUCCACAUGUGUUGCCCUACUUUCCACAGCGGUUACCAUUCUGCGAGAGAGCAACAAAAUGCCGGACACUGGGGGUGUACUCCCACCCGGCGCCGCAUUCUCCAAAACCAGCCUUAUUAGCGAGCUGGAAAAGCAUGAGCAUGGCAUGAAAUUUGAAAUUUUGGCCAACAAAUGAAUGUCGUCAGUUAAUAGAAUAGCUUCAGGUGUAGUUGUAACUUACAAUUGUUGUAUUCGCAAAUAAAAAUUACUAAUCGGUGGCUUGUUUAAAAAAAUA